CAAACCUCAGAAAGCAAGAUGCUGAAAGCCAGGGGUCUGCAGUCCGCGUGCGCGUCAUGUCGCCUCAAUCUUGCCAUCACGAAGGCACGUAAUGCACGAUUACCGCAGUCGAUUCUUGCAUUGCGACCGGCGCAGACGAACACCUUCACACAGCGACGAACGCUAAUCACGACGCCCCUACGCCGACAACAGCAAGCCCAAGAUCAAGCGAAAAGCUCAGAAGAACCUUCGCUGGACCCGACAGUGCACAAGUUGAAUAUUGAAGUCAACGUACGGAAGGCAAGACAACAGUUCCGCGACUUUUUGCCACGAGACCACCUGAGCGCGGAGGAGUUUGCACUAUACGAGAGAUUAUACGGGCCGCCUAUAUUCGUAGACACAGCGGAAGAGCUGCUGGCUACCGGGAAGCAGCCGGAGGAGAUCAUAUCGGAGGAACAGCCAGAUGGCUCGACGGUACUCCUGCGACGAGGUGAAGAUGGGCAGCUAGAGGAGAUUGAUGUGUACGAAGAGGAGGAGGUUGAUCUGGCAGAAGAGGACGAAGAUUCAAUGACACCCGAAGAAUGGGAGGAGUACAGGGAGCAGAAGGCGGCAACGUUCCAUGACAGCGUCUACGAGCAGAGUCGCACACAGCACGAAGAAGCAGAGGAGUGGGAGGAUGAGGACGUCGAAGAGGACGAAUCGUUCAUGCGCGCCCAUCCCAUGACAAUCGCCGGUCGCUUCAAGCCAUCGCCGUCCACCGUCUUCCUGCCGAAGGAAACCCUCGUCGAUCCCACCGCACAACUCCUCACGCGCGCAAACCACAAGCACCUUGUCGAGUCAGCGAACCGCAUCUUCGGCGGGCAAGGGCUGCCCUACUCCGCGAGUACAUCACCGGCAAGAUUGGGAAAGGAACAGAAGCCCAUCGCACUCGACCCCUCGCAGGGCGAGAUGGGCAACAUCGAGGCGGACGCGUAUAUGGCUGCUGUACAGCCUGGAACAUACGCAAGCGUCAUGAGCGCGCUAGUCGAGGUUCGUCGUCGUCUGGGCACACCUUGGAUAGAACAUAUGCUGGCCAAGAAGGGCGGAACAAUCCUCGAUGCCGGUUCUGGUGGUGUCGGUGUGCUUGCAUGGCAGGAGAUCCUCAAGGCCGAAUGGGAGAGCAGGCAGGAGAUGUCUGAAGAGGACGCAGCCGAACAGCCCACAUCAGAGGAAGCAGAAGAUAAAGAGAGUACCCUGGAGACUGUUCCCACAGGCAAAGCGACAGUCCUCGUCAGCUCUACUACCCUCCGCCACCGCGCAAGUCGUCUCCUUGAAAACACGACCUUCAUUCCUCGUCUCCCAGAACACGUCACUCUCGAAGACGAUGCCAACACAGCGCAACCACGCAAGGUCUACGACGUGAUUAUCGCCCCGCACACGCUCUGGCCGCUGAAGCAGGAAUAUCUGCGUAAAGACCAAGUCUCCAAAUACUGGUCUCUCCUUAACCCCAAAGGCGGCGUCCUAAUCCUAAUCGAAAAAGGCCUACCACGCGGUUUCGAAGUAGUCGCCGCCGCGCGCGCCCAGCUCCUCAAGCGGCACAUAUCCUCACCAGACAGCACCGAGAUCGAGACACCACUAGAAAACCAAGUCUCUCGCCCCGAGGAAGAGACCAGAUUCACAAACAAGGAGACCGGCAUGAUCAUCGCGCCCUGCACAAACCACUCGGCAUGCCCCAUGUACCAAACCCCCGGCAAAUCCCCAGGACGCAAGGACUUCUGCUUCUUCACCCAACGCUACAUUCGUCCGCCCUACCUGCAACGCAUCCUAAACGCCAAAGACAGGAACCACGAGGACGUGCAAUUCAGCUACCUCGCCGUGCAGCGUGGCCGGGACCAGCGCUUGCCAACCCACGACCUCGUCGGCCGGGGCGUGCAGCAAAGCAAGGAGAGCACCGACGCAGCCUUCACGGGCCACGAAUUCUUCGCCAACCCAGAGGAUCCCGCGGCCCCGGAGCUCGUCACCCCGAGCGACGUGAACCCCCUCGCACUGCCGCGCAUGAUCCUCCCCGCGCUCAAGAGAAGGGGUCAUAUCAUCAUCGACGUGUGCACACCCGCGGGCACGCUUGAGCGCUGGACCGUCCCGCGCUCGUUCAGCAAGCAGGCGUUCCGCGACGCGAAGAAGAGCCGCUGGGGCGACCUGUGGGCGCUGGGCGCCAAGACGCGUAUCCCGCGCUCUGUCCGCCUGGGCCGUCCGAACGAGGACUUUGACCGCAAGGGCCGUAAGAUCAGACAGCCUAAGAAGGUGGUCAUUGAGGUUGGGGUUGCUGAGCAGGACGGUCAGGUUGUGGAUGCGGGUCAGGAUCGGGUUACAACCAGCGGCAAGCGGUAUGGCGAUAAGGAUGGAAGGUAUAAUAAGGAUAGGAAGAUUAGGGGCAGUGGGGGCCGCAAGGGUAGGAAGAAGAACACUGAUCUUAUUAAUCAGUAGGUGUGUUGACAUUGUAUUGUAUCUUGUAGCAGAGGACAUGCUGGGUGGCGUUGGACUCCCAUGGGGAGCAUGUAUAGCACUGUAAGAUAGAGAAUGCAUGGACGUCCAAGCAUGUGACAGGCUUGAGUUUUGAA